AUGGCCAAUAAAAUUGCACCAGCCUUAGCUUGUGGUAACACUGUUGUCCUCAAAACUGCCGAACAAACUCCUUUGAGCUCUUUAAAAGUUGCUGAAUUAUGUAGAGAAGCAGGUUUUCCUAAAGGCGUUAUUAAUGUUCUUUCCGGUUUUGGUUUUACUGAAGUAGGGAAGUCUAUCCUGAAGGCUGCAGCUGAAAGCAACUUGAAAAAGGUUCUGUUAGAAUUAGGAGGAAAGUCACCAAGUAUCAUAUUUGCUGAUUCCAACCUAGACACUGCGGUUAAAUAUACUCAUAACGGAAGUUUUUUUAAUCACGGUCAAAGUUGUUGUGCUGCUGCCCGUAUUUACGUUGAGGAACGUGUUUAUGAUGAAUUUCUCAAGAAAUUUAAAGCAAAUACUGAAGCUAUUAAAAUUGGCGAUCCGUUUGAAAGUAAAACUUAUCAAGGGCCUCAAAUAUCUAAAAAACAAUUUGACAGGAUUAUGUUUUAUAUCAAGACCGGUAAGGAAGAAGGUGCCACCUUGCUUAUGGGUGGUGAAAGAUUCGGUGAACAAGGUUUCUAUAUAAAACCAACGAUUUUCACCGAUGUAGUAAGUACAAAAUCAUCAUUUCUUGACUUAAAUUUCACGAUAAUCGCAAAAGCCAAUUUGACAAAAUAUGGAUUGGCUGCUGCCGUAUUUACUAACAACAUAACCAAAGCUCUGAAACUUUCUAAUGAAAUUAAGGCUGGAACGGUUUGGGUGAAUCAAUACAUGACAGGUGAUAGCAGUCUUCCAUUCGGAGGAUACAAAAAAUCUGGAAUUGGUCGUGAAAUGGGCAAAUAUGCGUUGAAGGAAUACACUCAAAUCAAAACUGUUCAAAUUAACUUGGGAACUAGUUGUAAUUAG